AUGGCGUUCCUCCGCGUAGGCUCGCGACUCUCCCAGUCCCUUCGAAACAACACAAACUUUCUCCGCAGCUACUCCUCCCAAACAGCUCAGCUUGAAUCAAUCCUUGCCAAACCAAGCUGGUCUGUACGAUCAUUACUCCCCGAUGAAAGCUCGGAGCCAUCUACACCAUCAAUCACGCCGAAAAAACUCCAUCACCUCCUUCGGCUAUCAGCCCUACCACAACCGGCGAGCGCAGAAGAAGAGCAAUCCAUGUUGCGAACAUUGGAGUCACAAAUUCAUUUCGUGAAAGAAAUGCAGACUGUUGAUACUACAGGUGUGGAGCCCUUACGCAGCAUCCGAGACGAAACUGCCGCUGCUACACAGGAGACAGCUAUCGGGCUUGACCAGCUCCGUGAUGCACUGGCCAAGGAGGAGGUUAGUGGGCGGAGGAGGAGGAUCCAGCGCAUCCAGGGCGAGAGGGAAACUCAACCGGACGGAUCGACUUGGGAUGGCGAUGCGCUUGGAUACGCAUCCAAAACGAAGGGGAAGUACUUUGUUGUUGAGACAGGCAGCAGCUGA